GGCAAUGAGCACCUGGCUGCCAGCCUGGAAACCCUGCUGGUGGAAGGCCAGCGGUUGCGGAGUGCUGCCCACUGGCGUCUGCUCGCCGAGGGAGCCCCUUCCCUGUUGCUGGAACAGCCACAGCUGGCCGAGCUGACUUACAGGGGGACACCCUCUCUGGCCGACACCGAGAGCUUUGUCUCUGCUGAGGGCACCUCCGAUGUGGCAGUUUUGGCUGACCUGGAGGCCAGCCUUACUCCGCCAGCUGACCGGUCGGCCCUGUACUUUGAGGCAUUGGAGCUGCUUGAAAAAGAAGGCAUCCCUUGUCGAACAUUCAGGGUGGAAGUGGUUCGGUGCAUCUCGCGGGAGGACUACCUGGCCAAGAUUCACUGCAUUCGCCUUGCGUUCAAGCGCCUAACCAAUCAGCCAGAUGUUCUCCAGUGGCUUAUAGAAGCAGCAAAUCAUAUUCUUGGUGGCUUCAUGCUGUGUGCUGGAAAAGACCCGAAAGAUGCCCUGCACACCUACCGUGAGCUGAUUGCCUACCUGCUGGACAGCAGCCACUACGACCAAAUUACCAAGGAGCUGCAGUACAAAGGGGUGGUGUGCCCGACGGUGUAUGAUGUAGUGAUUGACUAUGUCCUUCUGGAUGCCUUUGAUGAACUCAGCAGCCCGCCGCAGUCAGUUGUGGCUGUUAUCCAGAACCGGUGGCUGACUGCAGGGUUCAAGGAAACA